AGAUACAUCAUGAAACAUACCAUUUUCUUUUUUCACAAACAAAAGUGACUAAAAUAUCAAGUCAAAUUGUAGGGGAUGACACCAAUGAUACUCCUCUACUGGUUUCUCCGAUCCGUAUGUCGUUACAUUUGAUGCCUCGUUCUCUAUAUAUACACCCAAAUCCCCUCUUCAACUUCACGCUUUCACUCACACUCACCAAAAUUCAGGGUUUUAAAGGUUGAAUGGCUAACCGGAAUUUGGAGAAAUUGGCGUCGAUCGAUGCGCAAUUGAGGCUUUUGGUCCCUGGGAAAGUGUCCGAGGAUGAUAAGCUUAUUGAGUAUGAUGCUUUGUUGUUGGAUAAGUUUCUUGAUAUUCUUCAGGAUUUGCAUGGAGAGGGUCUCAAAGAAACGGUUCAAGAGUGCUAUGAACUGUCUGCUGAGUAUGAAGGAAAGCAUGACCCUAAGAAGCUAGAGGAGCUUGGAAACGUGUUGACGAGUUUGGAUCCGGGGGACUCCAUCGUCAUUGCAAAAGCUUUCUCUCACAUGCUUAACUUGGCCAAUCUGGCUGAAGAGGUUCAGAUUGCUUACCGUAGGAGGAUUAAGCUUAAGAAGGGUGAUUUUGGUGAUGAGGCUAAUGCAACUACUGAAUCCGAUAUCGAAGAGACUCUUAAGAAACUUGUUCAUAAGCUGAAAAAGUCCCCGGAAGAAGUGUUUGAUGCGCUCAAGAAUCAGACUGUUGAUCUUGUUUUUACCGCUCAUCCGACCCAAUCUGUCCGUCGAUCUUUGCUUCAGAAGCAUGGAAGGAUUCGCGACUGUCUUGCACAGUUAUAUGCCAAGGACAUCACUCCUGAUGAUAAGCAGGAACUUGAUGAGGCUUUGCAUAGAGAAAUUCAAGCUGCUUUUCGCACUGACGAGAUACGAAGGACACCCCCGACCCCUCAAGAUGAAAUGAGAGCCGGAAUGAGUUAUUUUCAUGAAACAAUCUGGAAGGGUGUUCCGAAAUUCUUACGCCGUGUUGACACUGCUCUGAAGAACAUUGGGAUCAAUGAACGUGUACCGUAUAAUGCUCCACUUAUACAAUUUUCUUCAUGGAUGGGCGGUGAUCGUGAUGGUAAUCCUAGGGUAACUCCUGAAGUUACAAGGGAUGUGUGCUUACUUGCAAGAAUGAUGGCUGCAAACAUGUACUUCUCACAGAUAGAGGAUCUCAUGUUUGAGAUGUCCAUGUGGCGUUGUAGUGAUGAACUCCGUGUUCGCGCUGAAGAACUUUAUAGGUCAUCUUCAAGGAGAGAUGUCAAACACUACAUAGAGUUCUGGAAACAGGUUCCUCCUACUGAACCGUACCGCGUUAUUCUCGGUGAUGUGAGGGACAAAUUGUACAACACACGUGAAAGAGCGCGCCAUCUAUUAGCCCAUGAUGUGUCCGACAUACCAGAGGAAUUGGUUUAUACGAAUGUCGAACAGUUCUUGGAACCGCUUGAGUUGUGCUACAGAUCGUUAUGUGCUUGUGGUGAUCGCGUGAUUGCUGACGGCAGUCUUCUCGAUUUCUUACGGCAAGUCUCCACUUUCGGACUCUCGCUUGUGCGACUCGAUAUCCGUCAAGAAUCUGACCGCCACACGGAUGUCCUCGAUGCCAUCACUCAACAUUUGGAAAUUGGGUCGUACCGUGAAUGGUCUGAAGAGAAACGCCAAGAAUGGCUUCUAUCUGAGCUAAGUGGAAAACGCCCUCUAUUCGGGCCCGAUCUCCCGAAAACCGAAGAAAUCGCAGAUGUUUUGGACACAUUUCAUGUGCUGGCAGAACUUCCAGCCGAUUGCUUCGGUGCUUACAUCAUCUCCAUGGCUACGUCACCUUCCGACGUGCUUGCGGUUGAGUUGCUUCAGCGGGAAUGCCACGUAAAACAACCGUUGCGAGUGGUCCCGCUUUUCGAAAAACUCGCGGAUCUUGAUGCAGCUCCUGCUGCCGUGGCCCGUCUUUUCUCGAUCGAGUGGUACCGAAACCGGAUCGAUGGUAAACAAGAAGUUAUGAUCGGGUACUCCGAUUCCGGAAAAGAUGCCGGACGCCUUUCUGCCGCGUGGCAGCUCUAUAAGGCUCAAGAAGAGCUAAUUAACGUUGCUAAGAAGUUCGGGGUUAAGCUCACCAUGUUUCACGGACGCGGUGGGACCGUCGGGCGAGGUGGUGGGCCUACCCAUUUGGCUAUACUGUCUCAACCACCUGAGACCAUUCACGGGUCUCUUAGAGUCACGGUUCAAGGUGAGGUUAUAGAACAAUCAUUUGGUGAAGAACAUUUAUGUUUUAGAACGCUUCAGAGGUUUUGUGCGGCUACGCUCGAGCACGGAAUGAACCCCCCAAUCUCACCGCGACCCGAGUGGCGUGCACUUAUGGAUGAGAUGGCAGUUCAUGCAACCGAGCAGUAUCGUGAAAUUGUCUUCAAGGAACCACGUUUUGUUGAGUAUUUCCGCCUCGCCACACCGGAGCUCGAGUACGGACGAAUGAACAUCGGGAGCCGCCCGUCAAAACGAAAGCCAAGUGGCGGAAUAGAAUCGUUGCGAGCCAUUCCCUGGAUCUUUGCGUGGACUCAGACCCGGUUCCAUCUCCCGGUUUGGCUUGGGUUCGGGGCGGCAUUCAAAUACGCGAUUGAGAAAGACAUCAAGAAUCUUCACAUGCUACAAGAAAUGUACAAGACAUGGCCUUUCUUUAGAGUCACAAUCGAUUUAGUCGAAAUGGUGUUUGCCAAGGGUGACCCUGGUAUCGCUGCUCUGAACGACAAGCUACUCGUCUCUGAAGACUUGUGGUCGUUUGGCGAAUCUUUAAGAGCAAACUAUGAGGAAACCAAAAAUCUUCUCCUUAAGAUUGCGGGCCAUAAGGAUCUUUUGGAGGGUGAUCCUUAUUUAAGACAACGACUUCGUCUGCGUGACUCGUACAUCACAACCCUGAAUGUAUGCCAAGCUUACACGCUGAAACGGAUCCGUGAUCCAAACUACCACGUGACAUUGAGGCCACAUAUCUCGAAAGAGUAUACCGAGCCGAGCAGCAAGCAGGCGUAUGAGUACGUUUUGCUAAACCCAAAGAGCGAGUACGCUCCGGGUUUGGAAGAUACGCUCAUCUUGACCAUGAAGGGUAUUGCUGCUGGAAUGCAGAACACCGGUUGAUAAAUCAAUGUUAUGUUUACCCUUUCAGAUUUGUUUUGUUUAGGGUUGUUAUGUGUUAUCUUAUGUUUAUUAUCGAGUCGUUGUGGCUGUUUGCCGAGGGAAGUUUGAGUCGAACCACCUGGUUGUCGAGGACGAAGAUGUAGUGAAGUGUACUACGUGCAUCUUUGAUGGUACCUUUGUCCAAGAAACUAGUGAAUUAUUGUACUUUUCGAAUAAAUGGUUCACAAUCGAAAUGGUUUUGUACUUUC